AUGUCAGCCUUCUUUGACGUUUACGAGCGGACAAUUUCUGAGAAACGAAUUCAACCACAUCGAAUUUUCAAUGUGGAUGAGACCGGAAUCACGGUUGUUCACGCUGAACACCCGGUACUCUUGGUCCUCGAUGGACAUUAUUCGCAUACUCGGAAUAUAGAGCUCAUCGAUCUAGCGGAGCAAAAUCAUAUCAGCAUCUUGUGCUUACCGCCGUACUGUACACAUCGCAUGCAGCCAUUGGACGAUGCGUUCAUGAGCCCUUUCAAGACCUACUACGCUCAGGAGAUCGAAACUUGGCUCCGCAACAAUCCAUCCCGAGCUCUCAAAGUUAGCUGUAUAGGGAAAGUGUUCGGGAUUGCUUACAAGAGAGCCGCAACUAUGCAAGUAUCAGCGAGCGGUUUCAGAGCUACCGGACUCCUGCCAAUCAAGAGAAAUGUUUUUAGCAGCGACGAUUUCGCCGCGGUUGAGACCAUCGCGGGCGAUAACCUCCGCUCCGGAAGCGGCCAUACUCAUUACGUCUGCGACUCACAGAACGCGCUUAGAAGACACUCGAGCUCGGAAAAAAUCGGCGAGUGCAGCAAGGAACUCUCCACUACACAGAAGAUGUGGCGGAAAAAAACUGUGAAAAUGAUCGGGCUCAUGGUUCCGCUGACACUUUGA